UUUUCAUUGAAGCUGCUUCUUCCCCCCGGUCCACAGAAACAGACGGGAGCGAUGGAGGAAGAGUUAAAAUGCCCCGUUUGCGGUUCCCUCUUCAAGGACCCCAUCCUGCUGCCGUGCUCCCACAAUGUCUGCCUGGCCUGUGCUCGGAACAUCACCGUCCAGACCCCGGACGGAGAGACCCCGGUGCAGAGCCGAGCCUCUGGCAGCUCUGACUACGACUACCUGGACAUGGACAAGAUGAGCCUGUACAGCGAGACGGACAGCGGGUACGGCUCCUACACACCGUGCCAGCUCAAGAGUCCAAACGGGGUGCGGGUGUUUCCGCCGGCCACCCACCCGCGACACUGCUCCCUCACCUGCCCGCUGUGCCACCGGAGCGUCUCCCUGGACGAGCGGGGGCUCCGGGGUUUCCCCCGGAACCGGCUGCUGGAGGCCAUCGUGACGCGGUACCAGCAGAACCGCCGCGCGUCCGCCGCCUCUUCUUCUUCCGCGGUGAAGUGCCAACUGUGCGACCGCAACCCGGUGGACGCGGCGGUGAUGUGUGAGCAGUGCGACGUGUACUACUGUAACGCCUGCCAGCAGAGGUGCCACCCGUCCCGCGGUCCGCUCGCCAAGCACCGCCUGGUGCCGCCGCCGAACCAAGCGGCGGGAGGCGGCGCGGCAAGCGGAGGCGGCGGCGCUCAGCAGCCGCCUGCCACCGCGCGGAAACCGGCGACCUGCGUGGAUCAUGAGGCGGAAAACUUCAGCAUGUACUGCUACAGCUGCAAGAUCCCGGUGUGUAUGAAGUGUCUGGAGGAGGGAAAACACGCCAAACACGACGUUAAGACGCUGGCUAUGAUGUGGAAACAACACAAAUGCCAGAUCUCCCAGGCCCUGAACGGCGUCUCCGACAAAGCUAAAGAUGCCAAGGAGUUCCUGGUUCAACUCAAGAACAUGCUUCAGCAGAUACAGGAGAACGGCGUGGAGUUUGAAGCUUGCCUCGUGGCCCAGUGUGACUCGCUGAUCGAGGCGCUCACCAGACAGAAAGCCAAACUGCUCACCAAAGUCACCAAGGAGAAGGAGUACAAGCUAAAGGUGGUGCGUGACCAGAUCACCCACUGCACCAUGAAGCUACGUCAGACCACCGGUAUGAUGGAGUACUGCCUGGAAGUCCUCAAGGAGAACGAUCCAAGUGGAUUCCUCCAGAUCUCAGAUGCUCUGAUCAAGCGGGUGACAUCGUCUCAGGAUCAGUGGGUAAAAGGGGCCCUGGAGCCAAAAGUAGGACCCGAGUUUGACCUCACCCUCAACACCGACUCGCUGCUCCAGACCAUCCUGCAGCUGGACUUCUGCCAGGGCAAAGUGGAGCCUGGACCUGCAGUGCCGGCGGCUCCUCUCCUGCAGCUAGAGAAGUGCUGCACCAGGAACAACAGCGCCACCCUGGCCUGGAGGGUAACCGCGCCCCCUGCCAGCCCCAUCGAGGGGUACAUCCUGGAGCUAGACGACGGCAACGGAGGACAGUACAGGGAGGUGUACGUGGGGAAGGAGACGGUGUGUACAGUGGAUGGCCUCCAUUUUAACAGCUCCUACAACGCCAGGGUGAAGGCCUACAAUGCCAUCGGUGUGGGGCCGUACAGCAAGACUGUGGUGCUCAAGACCUCGGACGUGGCUUGGUUCUCCUUCGACCCCACCACAGCUCAUCGGGACAUCGUUCUGUCAAACGAAAACCAAACGGUCACCUGUAGCAGCUACGAUGACCGUGUGGUGCUGGGAACUGCUGCUUUUUCCAAAGGGAUUCACUACUGGGAGGUCAGCAUCGAUCGCUAUGACAACCACCCAGACCCUGCCUUUGGCGUGGCGAGGAUCAACACCAUGAAAGACAUGAUGUUGGGCAAAGAUGACAAGGCGUGGGCCAUGUAUGUGGACAACAAUCGCUCCUGGUUCAUGCACAACAACUCCCACACCAACAGGGCGGAGGGAGGCAUCACUAAGGGCUCGACUGUGGGCAUCCUUCUGGACCUGACCAAACACACACUGACUUUCUACAUCAACAAGGAGCAGCAUGGUCCGACUGCCUUCGAGAACCUGGAUGGUGUCUUUGUACCCGCUGUCAGCCUCAACAGAAACGUGCAGGUGACCUUAGUGACGGGCCUGGAGGUGCCAAAGAAUACCAAACAGUAGGAGAUCCCACCUCCCUCUGAGCGCGCUGAGAUACAAACCAACGAUGUCAUAUGCAGUUCGCUCCCACGUGAACCUUAUCCAGUCACAUCAGAUGGGAUUUACCCAUCUCCCAUUCGUCUCAAGGUGCCCUUUGUCUUGGAUAUACUUCAGUGUGAAACCCUGCUCCAUAAUUUGCAACAAAGGAUUAAAAUCUGGGUUAUUAUUGGCUAUACAUGAUGAUUGAUGAUGGAUGUCACAACAGAGAUGACGGGACUUACUGUGGAUCGCCAUACUUUUUUCAUAUCCCAGUUUUUGCCCAGGAUACUAACAACAUAAAUCUUAUUAUUCCAGCUUGUACCUUCCAGAAAUUUUAACAAAAAGGAAAAUGCAGCCUGAAACCUCUCCUGGAGGCCUGAGACUAAAAUAAUCGACCCUCUCACUCUGACAGAAUCAAUGGUAAAGACUCCCACACUGUGCAGUGAAAUGAUGUUGUGCUUCAGUUUCUCUAUUUGAAAUUUUCUGAGCUUUUUAACGAUUAAUUUAAAGAAUAAAAAUAACAUCACCAUCAGUUUUAAAAAGUCCACAACAACGAGGUGCUUCUGGGAGGCGAGGGAGAAACGAUUCAGCAGUGCUUAUUGAUGCUUCUCUCUCAGGUGUCUUUACAGCUCACAAGGUAAAACCAGAUGAAGGGAGUGUUUUGUAGGGGUUGUUGCGGCACCGUGGGAUGUUUCAGUCAUGAAAUAUUUAAAAGCUGCGCUUUCGGUGCACAUUUUUAUCCCAAUUGUGGCUCCAACAACACUGCCUUCUCUGUUUUUUUACUUUUUCUCUAUUGCAUACAAAGUGGCAUAAAGAUUGUUUGGUGCUGCUGUCAAAGUGGUUUACACACUGAGGUCAAAAGCUGGGAAGGAUUGGGCUCAAUUCCAUUUCAUUUUUCAGUAAUGUGACAGAUCUGCUGUCUAAAUUUAUUUUGGUGCAUUUUUUUUGCAGUCGGUGGUGUCUUGAUUAGGAUUGUUUGGGGGAUUUUAAGUGGCUGUCAUCGUAAUUUUUGAAAAGGGAGAAAUUAAGUUGAAUUUCUGGUAGACUGGGAUUUAACAGUCACAGUUUAUUUACCCUACAUGUGUCUGCCUCAAUUGGUUGAAUAAAAGGGAAAGACUCAGCAGAGACCAAAUGAGGUGAGCCGCAAACUUAAUUUUGCCUCCUAAACUGGUUAAAGGUUUACACUUUUUAUGGCGAGCAUAAUGGCGAUGAAGCAUUAUGUUUUCGUGUAGUCCGUCUGUUCAUCCGUCCCAUUCUUGUGAACACGAUAUUUCAACUAUGCCUUGAGGGAAUUUCUUCAAAUUUGGCACAAAUGUCCACUUGGACUCAAUGAUGAACUAAUUUGAUUUUGAUGGUCCAAGGUCAAAGUCACUGUGACCUUGCAUCUGCCUCAUUCUUGUGAAUGCAAUAUUUAAGAAGGCCUUACGUAAGUUUUCUCAAAUUUGGCACAAACGUCCACUUGGACUCAAGAAUCAACUGAUUAGAACUUGGUGGUUUAAGGUCAAAGGUCACUGUGACCUCACAAAACAUGUUUUUGGCCCUAACUCAAGAAUUCUUAAGCUGAUUAUGACAAAUUUUUACACGAAUGUCUAAUAGAAUAUAACUAUGAAAUGAUGACAUUUUAUAUUCAAAAGGUCAAAGGUCAACCUCACUGUGACAUCAUAAUGUUCUGCAAAAACACUUUUCUGGCCAUUACUCAACAUCAUAUCUCAGGAACAGAAGGGGAGACAUUUGGGCAGAUACUGAAGUGGUGCCACUAAUCUUGGGUGUCCACCUUGAAACUGUGCUGAUUGUAUAGAUUUUCUAUGCUUUCACCAUAUUUUCACAGACAUGGAUGUAAACUGAAACUAUAAACUUCGCGGGUUCGUGGAGGCAAACAAGCACGAGUCGACAAUUCUAGUUUUACCUUUUGACAGAGUCAGGCUAGCUGUUUCCUCAUUUCCACCAAGGACAUUAUAAAGAGGAGUCGUCGUGGCGAAAUCAGGUCAUAUUAUUGGAGUACAACUGGGAAAAGUAAACUGGGAACAUGGGGAUGAUUAAUUCCACUGAGGCUGAGGCAUUGGCAGUUGGCGCUGAGUCAGAAUAUAUUUUAUACAAAAAAUGAAGAUAUGGGUGAGAAUAACAAUUCUGCCAUUAGUGAAAAAUUCCUUAAUAAAAGCCCAUAAGCAAAUGCUGUCGAUAUGAAAAUGUUCUAUUGUAGGUCAGCUGCCAUCCGUUCAAGCCUAGCCAAAAAGUUCUCUAAGGCCGAACCCACCCAAGGAGGAUUAAGAGAGCGCAGCCAAAGAGCACCUGAGUGGACAACAUUUUUGUGUUUCUAGCAAUGUCUGCCGUAACCCUCCAACAUUGCAGCUCCAGUUACAUUGUGCAUGUGUCAUACCCCAAACCUCCACGGCAUCAAAGGCUGUGUCCUAGCCUUCAUUGAAUAGCCUUGAUUUCCACUCUUUAUGCUAAGCUAAGCUGAGAGUGGUAUCAAUCUUCUUGUCUAACUCAUCUAAUAAGCGUAUUUUACAAAAUGUCAAACUAUUCCUUUACAUUUAUAGAAAGAACAGACAGCUACAUUUCCCUACAAAUGUAAAAAUUAAGUUUCUCUUUGGAUUAUUGACUCAAAUGCAUGCUAGCAUGUACAAACAGUGCACAAAGGACUUGAUAACGCUGUAUAAAAAGCGAGUGAAAAGGCAGUAGUUCAUAUACAGAGGACCUACACAGCAAAGUCUUAGUGUUUAAGAGCUUAAAUGACAUCAGUUCCAAUUUCGAGUCUGUCAUGUUCCUCCAGUCUGACAUAUUUGCUAUUAGCAAUAUGCAUUGCAUGCCAUAAACUAAAUUCAUUCAUUCAUUGAUUCUUUGAGUGACUGAAAUUAGUUUCUUUGGGAAUUAAAAUCAGAUUUACCGCUUAACAUCCAGUUUUCCCGCUUUAAUUCCCCAUAAGUAACUGUAAGGUUAAAAUCCUCUUAUUCACCCUGACUGACAGCAUCAUUAUACUCUGCAUACAUUAUAUUCCCAAGACUCCAUGUUUUAUCUUGUGAAUCAUGUUAUAAACAUUUCCAAACAUUCAGUCCGGCAUAUUUUUGUAAUCUUUGAGAUCUCCACUUGAAUUUUAAAUUAAGCUCUCUGGGGCUGAAUAAUCAGCAUCAGCAGUGACUAAACCACUGGUGUGUCAAUGAGGUCAGAGGUUAAACUCUGCCUGCAGCUUUAAAUAAAAACACGAGAGCUUGUGUUAAUUUGGGUGCCCAAACUACAAAAUGGUGUGCAAACAGUUUGUACCUUGUCCUGUUGAAUGAAUCAAAAUGAAGGAACAAGGUUGAUUGGUUGCCUGCAGGAGCAUUUCCUGCCUCCAUGUUUUCCCUGCAGCCUCUCCCAGGCUCGCAAUCACAUUUAUCUCAAGAGGAAAUGUUUUCACCUUGAGGGAUGAAUGUCCGAAGAUGCUGAAAUGAAAUGGAACUGAGCCAAACCUUAUUUUGUUUUAUAAGUCCAACAGCUACUAUAAUACAUCAGAAGUCGAUGAGAAAAGUGCAGUUGUCUCAUGGUAAUUUUAUUCUGUGCUCAUCACUCAGUCUCUCUGUAGAUAUCCAUUUCAGGCACCUUUAAUGUGUUGGGCUGAAAAUGAUCUUGAAAAGUCACAUCAGGUAAAAGCUACGUUUGCUGCUAUGCUUCUCAUCAGGGAUUGGAUAUGGCAGCCUGUAGAGGACAGUAGCUUCAAAAUUCAACCAAACCACUGUGACUACGGAUAUCAGAUGUUUUACCACACAUUACCCAUGUGGAUUAUAUCUCGAAUGCAGCAGAGGAUGGAGAAGUUUGCUUCUGAAUUCAUUUAAUAUUUAUUAUGAUAGGUGAAAUAUUUCUAUUCCCUAUAACGUUGUGAGUGUGAGAGACACACCUGCCAUACAAAGAUUGGGUUUACGUGUGAGUGAAGAUCCACAAACAAAUGUAAAUAGUGACAUGUGAGUUAUGAUUAUGACCUGUGAUAUUAAGCAUGGAUUAAGCGUCGAACAAGUUUACAAAAUAUCUGAAGCUGUACUGUAAAUAGUGUACUGUAUUACUGUCUUUGCAAUGAGUGAUGUUAAAGCCAACUGCUACGACAGCUCGCCCUCUGCUGGUGGACGGUAGCGACAACAGGAUUGAUGAACUGAUCCUCUUGUUACAUUUAACCGACUGUGUUUUCAGACCUUUAAACGCUGACUUUAAAAAAAGCUGUCGGCAAACGUGUUGCCUGACGAGCUCCUACUAUAACUUGUAUCAUCAACUAUCUCAUGAUAUUCAAACAUUUAAUCAGGGACAUGAAAUAGCAGUCAUUUACAUUUCUACAGGUUUUUAUAUACGUUUACAGAUUAUUAUGAAUGCAGGCAGCACUUAAAUGUCACCUAACACAACAUAUUUAAUUUAGAUUAUUAGUUCCACACAAACUUUAAAUAUGCCAGGUGACUGAACAGAUAUACAGUAAAUAAAAGUAGGUAUUUCUUACUGGAAUUAGUGACGUCUAUUUUCAAUACAACAGCAGAAAUAUUAUAAAAUGUGUUAGCCUGUGGUUACCUUCUGUUUAAAUUUAAUUGUAGAGCACUAGAGUAGUAAUUAGUGAUACUUAAAUAAUAGGUAAAUAUUACCCUUCUUUUUUACUUCAUGUUUUAAUUAUCAAAGACAAUGGAAAUGUGGAUGGGAUUAUGUAUUUUUAUGAAUCAAAACUCUUACCUAGAUUGUUUUCCCAUUUGCACCCCAGAACAGCAAACGGCAGGUAUAUUAGGCCACCAUUUUGAUAUGUCAACUACAGCAUCUUACCUGGGUUUUUGCACUUGAUGCUGCAUUCAAAGUAUGUGGGAAAGUUCACACCUACAUUUUUAUAUUAACAGUUAGGGCUGGGCGAUAUGUAGAAAAUCAGAUAUCACAAUAUUUUUGCCCAUGUUCCUCAAUAUUGAUAUUGCGACGAUAUUGUAGGGUUGAAUAUUGGUGCUUUCACAAAAUAUUUACACAAGAUUUUCAUUCAAUUAAAUCACUUAACUGAAACGCAGCCCUUAAAACCAGGAAGAGACAACACUUGAGAUAUUAUGAUAUUUAAUCUAUUGGGGACGGCAGUAAGUCAGUCCACAGGGACCUGGGUUAGGAACCAGAGGGUCGCUGGUCCAAGUCCAUGUUCGUACCAGGUAUAGACUGUGGACUGGCAGCUGGAGAGGUGCCAGUCCCCCUCCUGGGCACUAAACCCCCAACUGCAAGCCCCCCUUGCUUUGACAUCUCCACAUGUAAUGCAUGUAUAGGUCCUGUCUGUGCAUGUGUGUAUUCCGGGCCUGUAUGUAUAUGACUACAGAGUGAUAAAAACUGAAUUUCCCCUUGGGGAUUAAUAAAGCAUAUCUUCUUCUAUUAAAAUCUAAGAUGAUAUUGAGUCUCAUAUCAUGACAUUGAUAUAAUACUGAUACUGUACAUUGCCCAGCCCUAAUAACAAUAAAUCAAAUGACUGUGUAAUUCUGCAGUUAAUGUUGGCUUCAUGGAGCGUUUUAGCAUCUUUCAGCUCAUUGUUUUGGCCUUUAACUUCACUGUUUUGGUUCACUCUCAUUGCUCACAUAGCAUCGUUUUCAGCUGCAGCUGUUUUCAGUGAAAUAGCUCUAAAACCUGCUGUACACUACCUGCUCAGCUCCAAACAGCUGACAGAUAGAGUAAGUGACAAGCUGGUGAACUUAGCAUUCAGCAGCUGAACCAGAUAGUUAUCUCAGAAGGUUGGUGGGUGGCCAGAAACAUAACAUAAAUACGUGAUAAUGCGCUAUGUCCGCUGGAUGUGUAAAUAGAUUGGUAAUUUAAAAGGUGACAAGAGAGUGCUGCAGGAUAAGUCCUAAAACCUGGAACUGAGUUUGCAUUUUAGCACUCCUGGUUCCCAUGUCUUUAAGUCAAUGGAUUUUUUUAAAUGUCAGAGUCACCUGAAAUAAGGUCUGUGGUUAACACAAGCUUAAGAGACUUUCACAUUGUGUUCUACAAUAUAAAAUAUGUCGGCAAAUACCCUUAUACUCUAUUUUGAAGCUUGUUGGUGUCUUAAAAAAGAUGCUGGCCUCAUUUUGGUGACGACGUUAAAGUCACGAGACCACGGUCUAAUUUAUUCAUAGCCUAACAUUAGCUUUUUACUUGUAGUGAUUGCAUUACCCUUCAAAAAAUUAUAAAACUGGUGUUCAUUUGUGAAGAUUACCUUGCUGAACAAAAGGUGUAAGUAUCAUAAACAUUUGUUUGCCACAGAGCUUAUUUUCUGCAGUAUUCCAAAAUCCAGUGAAAAUAUCCCAUAGGUGUUUUUGUGGAGGGAACCAGGGGGGCGCCAACUUCUGCGUCAGCCUAUAAGAAAACAUAAACCUACAGCACUCUAUAUGUCAGUGUUGUCACAGUUUUGUUUCUGCUGCCCCCAAGUGGCCAGAAAAAGCAGGUAUUUCAUUACAAACAACAAAUAAGGCAAUAAAAUCCAAAUAAAAUUAUUUAAUUUGAAAUUUAGUGACCAUCCACAAUGUUCUUAUUAGCAUUUAUAUUUACCAUCUUUCCCACAUGACAUGAAUGCAGCAUUAGUGUCAAAGCCAGGACUUGAACUAGUUUCCUUCGACCCAGAAAGCAAACAUCUAUCAGCCAAAGGGGAAUUUUUCCUGACCUGCUCCAGACUGCCAGCUUUCUGAUGAAGGCCUGGGAUGAAGCACUGCCCAGCUCCCUCUCAGUGCUUUUUAUCUCUUCUGAGAAAAAACGCUCCAUGGACACAAGGCCUCAGGUCUACAUUUGCAUCAUGUGAGGCUCUCUGGCUGCUCAGCUCAGCCUUACCCUCUGACCGUCCUCCC